AUUGGAUGAACUUCAACGGCAAUCCAGGGAAUUUCAAGUUCUUCCAGGGGGUUAUCAUCAAUAACCAAAAAAAAGGGAAAGAUCGUAGGUACCGUAGUAAUAAAAAGACAUUUGUUGACAACUUUGAGAAGGAACAAUGGUAACUAUCUGUACCAGUGGGAGUUCCUCUUGCCCAAAAGAGAAUCAAGUCUUCGUACAUCCUUCCUCUUCCUCCUUUCCACAUGUCAUGUCUCUCGCCUCUUUAAUAACUCUUUCAGACAUGGCAGUACAAUUUCCCCUUUUAGACUCUCACAAUCGUUACUUCAGAGAAGACGGUUGGAUAAUUGCGCUGUAACAGAAACACAAGUCAACCUAGGACAAUGUUUCUAUCCGCGAGGACACCCCAUCGAUCUGUUCAUCUGAGUUAUGAACCACCGAAUCCUCGAGCAAUUCCUUCGAAUCUCUUCAUCCUAACACCCUUUUCCUAAGACCAGCAAAUCGUUGAGACUACUGCAUAAUGCAAGCGCUCACUACCGUAUUCACGGCAUCAUCGUGGUGCGCGAAUAGAUAUGAAGUCUAUAUCGACAAUAAUCCAUAUCAUUCGAGCACCCUAUCGCCGUCGAGCGGAUGGGUCGACCCGUCGUUUUCGAAAUGUGUACCGAGUCAAUAUACUGCGAGAUUCCAAAUGAUUAGCCCUGGUGUAUGCCCCGGUUACAUGACCAUGGCGAGGACCACCUCAAAUGUAGACGGCAGCAAGACCCUUUGGACCGGAGGAUGUUGUCAAAGCGGAUUCACUGGCAUGCCCGAAUACUUCUGCAACUCUAUGGUCUCGACCCCGAUGGCUUUCCUUCUCCAGCCCAAUAUUAGCACCGCCGAUAUCUACACCACGCUAUCCAAUAUGUGGAUAGGGCACGAUCAGAUAACUAUCGCAUGGCAGGAGACCGACUUAGAACUUCUUCCUAAGGAGGUUGCCACGAAGUACGCGUCGAUUAUGGGGAUCGCACUAACUACUACCACACGUGAGAGUGAUAGUGGGAGUUUUGUGUUAACUCAUACCACUUAUUCCGCAAGUGAGAAAACUUCGAGCACCAUCGUGACCACAACAACUAGCACAACGCCAACCACCACCAUCAGUGUCACUCCUAUCACCGACACUACCUCAGGAUCAAUUACAGGAACAGCGGUAACAUCCGCUUCAACAUCCAGACAUGCAUCGUCAACCACAUCCGAUGCCGGGUCUGCGCAUCCGCGGUGGAUCGUUCUCCCAUUAAUUACAGGUCUGGCCUUGCUGUGGAUAGUCCGCUAGUAGAGGUGCGAUGAUGAAUAAGAUUGUAGUCAGGAGAUGAGCAUGCAAUUUCGAACUUGUUGUGGAGACAUGGAAGAUUAG